CUCUUCCUCUGCAGCCUGUACUGAGCAGAUGACUAAUGUGGAGAGUCCCCGCCUGACUGCCCUGAUCAUAAUUUGCAGCUAGCCAGAUUUCUUGAAUUCACUGUUGAACAAAUACGCUGCCACUGCUUCUUGCAGACAAGGCAUGGGGCCAGGCACUCUCAAAGUCUGUAAAUAGGAAUGAGCGAUUACUUGUGUUUAAGGGGGUGAUUGAGUAUUCAGGAAAAGCAGUGCGUAUUAAUAAUACCGUUUGCGCGGUGCUUCAUAGGUUAAGCAGUUUUACUAUUUGAGUGGAUAUUUGCAAUAAUUGUGAAACAGGUCAGAAGUUACCCAUUUUACUGAAGAUGGAACUGAGGCUCAGAGAAGUUAGGCAAUCAUCCACAGUCAGGCUGGUGAAGGCCUGCUUUAAUGCUCUACUAUUGAAAAGGAAAGGAGAUCUGAUGAAAAAGAUACCAGAUGUAAGCUUGGUAAGAAAGUUGCCAGGGCCACUUAGGCCCUGAAUGAGCGUGGAGGCAUUGUGUUGAACAAGUGACCUAAGACUUUUGGGUGACUGGGAAAAUGAGGGAGUAGUUGAGAAGAGGCAGAAUAAUUACAAAGCCUGGGGGCAGCUGGUACUUCUUUUUUGUACCCCCAGUCUUAGAUAUACUUAGCACAGUAUGUCCUAAGUAAAUAUUUUAAUUGAAUUAAGUUCUACUUUGAAUUCAGUCAGAAAACAUGAUCUUAAAAACAAAAAUGAUAUAGAAUUUAUUUUUGAAAGUGUGUCCUCACUGUUGUAAUAUAGUUAGAAAAUAGCUUUGACUAAGUAAGACAUGUCUUUUCCCAUUAGACUAACCAUUCUAUGUGGUUGCUUCUUUCUCGUUAUCAAAAUAUUUGUUUUUGUAAAAGAGAAAUUAAAUAACUUUGGGCUUUGCACAUCAGAAAAAAAAAGCUACCAAAGAACACUAUGAAGAAUGUGGGGAAUGCCCUCUUUGUCUUAAUGAUAAUUUAUGUUUAAUGGGUUAGUUACAUGUAUAAGGAUCUUUUUAGCACUAGCCAGUGGAAUCAUCCUUGUAACCAGCUCCCUAAAGCACUGCCUAUUUAGCAGGCAGCAAGGGAUGGAAAGGGCUCCAAACAAUCCUGGACUGUGGCAUUCCCCUUGGUUCUCCCCUGGUAUUGGUUACAACGUAAGGUGGGUACUUUUGCAGCUUUGGUACAUGAGGGAACUGGUUCAUUAUGUUUACAGAGACCAAAGAAGAUCAGAGGGACUUUGCCCAAGUGCCAAUAUGGAGCAGGUGUCAUCAACAGGCAGAUCUGUGCAAAUCACUGUGACAGAAGGAUAUGACUUGAAAGGUUUUAAAGGAGAUUCUCCAGUUACCUUUAUUCGUGCAGAAUUCAAUCAGGCGGUUCUGGGAGACUCUGCAAAAAUUACUGUUUCUCCAGAAGGAAAUGCAAAAUACAACUUCACCAGCAGUUUUGAGGUCAAUCCUGAAGGAGGAAUUACUUUAGAUGACCUCGCCCACAAACCUGUGUUCUUAACUAUGACUGAAGUUUUACCAAAGGAAAAGAAACAGAAAGAUGAGAAGACUUUAAUUGUUGGUCAAGCUGUGGUGGACCUUCUUCCUUUACUGGAAGGAGAGAGUUUGUUUGAAACGAUGGUCACACUGCAUCCUGUGCCAGGUGCACCCUUAGAACCUCUUCGAUCAGGUGCUAAGCAGUGCAGUCUUGAAGUGAAAGUAUUUGUGGCAGAGCCCUUACUGACCACAGCACAGAUACUAGGAGGCAAUCUAUUGAAGGUCACACUGGAAGCUGCCUACUCUGUGCCUGAGUCUUUCAUUCCAGUAGGGCUCCUGCAGAACUACAUGGUUGGUCUGCAAGUUCCAUCAGUUGGAGAGAAAGACUAUCCCAUUUUCUUCAAGAAUGGAACUCUGAAGCUUGGAGGAGAAAGAGAACCUGUUCCCCGGCCCAAAAAAUGGCCAAUUGCCAACAUUCUGGCUCCAGGAGCUAAUAACAUUCCUGGUGCUUUUAUUGUUGGUGGGCCCUACGAGGAGGAAGAGGGUGAACUCAAUCACCCAGAGGACAAGGAAUUUAGGAACCAAGCAGAGUGCUUAAAGAAAAGGAUUAUUUGGGACUUAGAAAGUCGCUGCUAUCUUGAUCCUCCUGCAGUGGCCAGCUUUCAGAAGCGAAUUGCUGAUUGCCGAUUUUGGCCUGUGGAGAUCACAAGAAUUCCUCUGAUGGCUGCACCGAAAGGAAAAGCUGCCAAAUUUGAUAAGGAAAUUUAUGAAAGUCAGCUUUCAUUUCAUGGUGUGGCUUAUGUUAAUAUGGUCCCAUUGCUGUAUCCAGGUGUGAGGAGAAUUCGGGGAGCUUUCCAUGUUUAUCCUUACCUAGACAGUACAGUCUAUGAAAAGACCAAGUGUUCAUUUAGCUUGUUCCGGGAUAGUGUCCAUCAUUUGAUUCAGAAUAACAAAAUAGGAGGAAUUAAUUCUUCCAUAUCCAAACCAGUUAUUUCUAAGAACCUGAAAGAAGAUAAAACAGUCAAAGAAAAGGAUAUAGAUGGAAGGCCUAGGCCUGGGGAUGCGCAAGCACCUAGUAUAAAAUCUCAGAGCUCAGAUACUCCUUUGGAAGCUGAACCCUCUAUAUGCCACAAUCCAGGACAGCAAUAUGUAGAAGCAGGGACAUACAUUGUGUUGGAGAUUCAACUGAACAAAGCCUUGGUUCCAAAGCGAAUGCCAGAGGAGCUAGCCAAAAGGGUCAAGGAAAUGAUUCCUCCGAGGCCUCCUCUUACCCGUCGGACAGGAGGAGCUCAGAAGGCGGUGACUGACUACCAUAUGCAGAUCAAGAACAUUUCUAGAGCCAUCUUGGAUGAGUAUCACAGGAUGUUUGGGAAACAGGUGGCUAAACUGGGAAGUCAUAUGGAUAAUGAAACCCUGGAGGAGCAAAAGUGCCAGCUCAACUAUGAACUUAACUGCUCUGGGAAAUACUUUGCUUUCAAAGAACAACUCAAACAUGCUGUUGUAAAGAUUGUGAGAGAGAAGUACUUGAAGACAACAUCAUUUGAAAGCCAGGAGGAACUGCAGACAUUUAUUAGCGAGCUCUAUAUGUUCUUGGUGGAUCAGAUGCAUGUGGCCUUGAACCAGACCAUGCCAGAUGAUGUCCAAGGUGCUGUUUCAACCAUUUAUAUGAGCAGUGAACAGCUUCGACUCUUUGCAUUUGAAGCAGAAGUCAAUGAGAACUUUGAAAUGGCAGCUGUGUAUUAUGAAGAGAGGUUGGUCCGUGAGCCUCAGAACCUGGAACACUGGCUGGAUUAUGGUGCCUUCUGCCUCCUAAUUGAGGACAACAUCAAAGCACAGGAGUGUUUCCGGAAAGCCCUUUCCCUCAACCAGAAUCAUAUCCACAGCUUGUUGUUGUGUGGUGUCCUGGCUGCCCUGCUGGAGAACUAUGAGCAGGCAGAAAUUUUCUUUGAGGAUGCUACUUGCUUGGAACCAACUAAUGUUGUAGCGUGGACGUUACUUGGUUUGUACUACGAAAUUCUAAACAAUGACAUUCGAAUGGAAAUGGCAUUUCAUGAGGCCUCCAAACAGCUUCAGGCACAAGUGCUUCAAGCACAAGUAGUGACCCAAAAGAGCACCGGUACUGUAGAGUACUUUGAAGGAGGAGGAAAAGUAGAAUCCAGUGUUGGCCCUUGGGGAAUUACUAGUGGUUCUUCCACAACAGCAAUCAAGGUGGAAGCUCCAGCAGGUCCAAGAGCUACAUUAUCCAUUCAAGAUGAAUUUUUUGAAGAAUCCUCCAAACUGCAGUCUGAUUCACGAGAACCCAUUCUGUCUGUUCAACCUCAAUAUCCAACUGUCAGCCAAAAGCCAUCCAACACAUUACUUGAGGUAUCAGCAAAAAAAGAAGCAUCAAAAUGUCAAGAUUCAUCAACUCGUUUUCAUCCCACCUCUUAUGGUGUUUCCCAAACUCCUACCACUAUCUUCAUGGAGACCAUACGCUUCUUGAUGAAGGUCAAUGCUGUGGAGUAUGUGCACAGGGUGCUUGCACAUGAGCUGUUAUGCCCUCAAGGAGGCCCCAGCUGUGAGUAUUACCUGGUGUUGGCCCAGACACAUCUUCUAAAGAAGGACUUUGCCAAGGUAGAGGAAUACCUUCAACAAGCAGCCCAGAUGGACUACCUGAACCCUAAUGUCUGGGGUGUGAAGGGCCAUCUCUAUUUUCUGAGUGGAAAUCAUGCUGAGGCUAAGGCAUGCUAUGAGCGAACCAUUAGUUUUGUGGUGGAUGCUUCUGAGAUGCAUUUCAUCUUCCUGAGACUGGGACAAAUCUAUCUGGAAGAGAAAGAGUACGAAAAAGCAAAGAAAACCUACCUUCAAGUCUGUAAGAGAUCACCUUCAUGCCUUACCUGGCUCGGACUGGGAAUCGCCUGUUACUGGUUGGAGGAGCUCACGGAGGCUGAGGAUGCUCUCUCUGAAGCCAAUGCAUUGAACAACUGCAAUGCUGAAGUAUGGGCAUAUCUGGCUCUUGUCUGCUUGAAAGCUGGACGGCAGCUGGAAGCUGAGCAGGCCUACAAGUACACAGUGAAGCUGAAACUGAAAGAUGAGGCUCUGCUUGCAGAGAUCCACAUGGUACAGGAGACCGUUGGCUUUGGAGACCCGUCUUUUUGA